AUGAACAUCAUAUCUGCAUCACACGGUUCUGACUGUCUGUCUGUCCAGCGGUCCUCUGGCUACAGCCUCAGUCUGACCUGUUUGUCAUAUUCUGUUCCUCCUCCAGACGACAGUCACACUAUGACCAGUGAAACCAGCAGCCUGGUCCAGUCCCACUACAAGCAGAGGGAGUCGGAGCGCGAGGCGCUGCCCUAUCAGACGGGUCAGCUGCAUCCGGCCAUCCGAGUGGCCGACCUGCUGCAGCACAUCACCCAGAUGAAAUGCGCCGAAGGUUACGGCUUCAAGGAGGAGUACGAGAGUUUUUUCGAGGGACAGUCAGCUCCGUGGGAUUCGGCCAAAAAGGAUGAGAACCGCAUGAAGAAUCGCUACGGAAACAUCAUCGCCUACGACCACUCCCGUGUGCGUCUGCAGCCUCAGGACGGAGAGAGCGGCUCUGACUACAUCAACGCCAACUACGUGGACGGCUACCACAGACCCAAUCACUACAUUGCUACCCAAGGUCCCAUGCAGGAGACUGUUUACGAUUUCUGGCGGAUGAUUUGGCAGGAGAACACUGCCGCAAUCGUCAUGGUAACCAACCUGGUGGAGGUGGGGCGGGUGAAGUGCUGUAAGUACUGGCCUGACGACACGGAGAUCUACGGUGACAUGAAGGUGACGCUGAUCGAGACUCAGCUGCUGUCAGAGUACGUGAUCCGGACCUUCGCUGUGGAGAAGAGGGGCGUGGCAGAGAUCAGGGAGAUCCGUCAGUUUCAUUUCACCGGAUGGCCCGAUCACGGUGUGCCGCUUCACGCCACCGGCCUGCUGGGCUUCAUCCGCCGAGUCAAGGCCAAAACCCCGCCCACUGCCGGCCCCACCGUGGUGCACUGCAGUGCGGGGGCGGGGCGUACAGGUUGUUUCAUAGUGAUCGACAUCAUGCUGGACAUGGCGGAGAGAGAGGGCGUGGUCGACAUCUACAACUGCGUCCGAGAGCUGAGAGCACGAAGGGUUAACAUGGUCCAGACUGAGCUGGAGGACGGUCUCAUACUGGCAGGUAUAGAACAAGGCGUGCAACGAUACGUGCUGAAGCAUGAGGCUUUAAAGAUGGACUACCGAGAUAUGAACCGGUGUUAA